AGUGUUCGUCAUUUUAUGACAAACACUAUUUCUUUUGCCAGGUUCUGAUGCUCUUCUUCUUCCCUUAUUAAAUUUACUUUGGCUGUUGCUGGUUUGUUCGGCUGAGAAGGUCUUGAGUUGCUCAAUGGUGGUAUUCAGGACAGAUGUUUCGCUUUCAAUCAAACCUUUAUCUUCUGAUUUACCUGGGAAAAAUCAUCAGGUUGACUCAAACCGGGGGGGGGCAGAGAGUUUAAAAUGCCAUGCACCCACGGUCGAUUCUGCCCUUGCAUCAAUAUACACAAGGGGUAAGAAAAGCAGAUUGUUGGAUCUACACUGCUGUCACUGCAGGACGCUAAAGAUGGAGAUUUGAGUCAUGUAACCAAUUUCAUAUUGCAUAAGUUGGCUUCCGAUGUAUUACGAUUUACAAAGACGAUGUGCUUACUGGUGGUCAUGUAAUCAUGCUUGGAGCUGACACCAUUAGCCAAACAACGACAAUGGAAGCAAUAUUUGCUUAUCCAGGGUAUGGAGCAGCAUGAUGAAGACUAUGCUUAUGUCCCUACAAAAAAAUGUAAAGCCAUGCUUAAGUCGGGAGUCUCUUGGAAAUAGUCUCUCUACUUCAGAUAGGGGCAAAGUCUGCGUAUACACACCCUUUCCAAACCCUAUUUUUGUGGGAUCAUUGGACUCUUGUUGUUAAAUUGAUUUUUAACAUGUAGUUUUAAUAUAUCUCAAUUUUAUAAUAUUUAUCAUCUUUCUUUUUAUUUAUCCAAAGAUACAAUUGAAUUAAAUUGAAUCCAAUUGG